AUAACGUCUGCCUAAAUGAUUCUCCCCACAUAUUCCCAGCCUAUCAAACAUAGUUUUAGAGAAUACAAAUUGAACUCUUUUUUGGUAAGUUCCAUAUUUUAUAUAGUCGAGAAACUAGGACAUGCUGCGCCUGAUAUACAUUUAUUAUGGGACUCUAUUACCCGGCUGGAACACCUUGCGUGCUCUCAGCCACGGCCAACGGCACUUCAUCGUACUGUGGCUAAAAUACUGGGUGAUUCACGCACUGCUCCAGGCCUUUGGCGUUCUUACGGACUUUUUUGCAGGCGGACUGCCCUUCUAUGCAGCCCUCAAGCUGAUCCUGUCCGUGGGCCUCUGGUUCAGUGCCCCGUACAGCAGCAAUCACCUGUAUAAUAUAAUCAAAAAGUACGUUAUGGGGAAGCUGGAGCCAAUCGUCGAGCAGGGUUUUCGUUGGCAUGCAACACUCGAUCAGGACGAGCAGAGCAGUGGACCCAGGGUCAACAAGCAUCUGUUGAAACGAGAACUUUCAAAUCUCAUGGCCGAAAUCGAAAUGGAUCAAGCCGAGCUACACAAGAGGGAGUUCUUCAAAGAAAGUAACUUGGACAGGCUGGACCGCGAUUCCAUGCACAACGUCAUCGAGUACCUGACGGAAAGAUUAGAGACUCAACAGCCGGGUGAUGGGAAACCGUAUCGACCUCGGCGACUGAGCGACAGAAUCAACUAAGGUCGUCCCAAGUAGACUCUUGAACUCUAGUGUUGUUUACCUUAUUGCCCUUGCAAACGUCACUGAUUAAAUGCGGAAUCUGACCUGAUCGGAUUAACCGAGA